UUUGGUGGCAGCAUUGACAUGAACGCCAACGCGGUCCAGCAGCAGAUGCUCAGCGCGGUCUCGGACCGCGUCCUCGAGACGCUCGAGGCGCAGGAAGCGCGCUUGGACAUGCAGAUCAAGCAGCUCGAGACGAUGGAAGAGGACGAUCUGGACCGGCUCCGCGAGCGCCGGCUGCAGCAGAUCAAGGCGGCCGCGACGCAGAUGCAAAAGUGGAAGGACGCGGGGCAUGGCGAGUACACGGAGCUCUCAACGCAGCAAGAGUUCUUUGACGUCAUCAAGGCGAGCGAGUGCGUCAUCUUGCACUUCUACUCGGCGACGAACGCGCAUUGCCCGCUCCUCGACAAGCACCUCCGCGCGCUCGCCGAGUCGCAUCUCGAGACCAAGUUUUGCCGCAUGAACGCCGAGAAGGCCGACUACCUCGUGCAAAAGCUCGGCAUUUGGAUGAUCCCGUGCGUCGCGCUCAUCAAGAACAAGAGCGUCGUGCACAUGCUCGAAGGCCUCGACGAGCUGGGUGGCACGACUGAGUUUUCGACUCACUUUCUUGCCUACUUUUUGUCAACCAAGAAGGUGCUCAAGUUUGACGGCGCGCCGCCCGAGUCGGUCACCGACAAUGGCCACGCCAACACCGCUACCAAGCAGGGCCCGAUCAAGCAGUCGGUCUUUGACUACGCCAGCGACGACGACGACUACGACUAGAGACAGACAACACAAUACGAUGGGUUUUGCCAGCGAGA